GCGACCGCGACACUCGUUUUAUGUCGACUUUUUGGACCUCUCUCAUGCAGGAGUCCGGCACGACGAUGAAACCCAGUUCGGCUCGGCAUCCACAAACAGACGGGCAAACGGAGCGGGCACACGACCGCUCAAAUGAUGCUUCGUACGCUCGUCCGUCCGGACCAGAAGGAUUGGGUUGACCGCCUCCCCGACAUCGAGUUCCCCUACAACACUUCGGUGCAUCCGGCGAUCGGUGUGACUCCAUUCGAGUUGCACCACGGUGGACGGAAAGGCCGUAUCUUCGCUGAUCUUCUCCUCCCUCGACCAGCCGACAUUGACGCCGCUUGCUCUCCCGCUUCCGUCCGGAAGUACAGGGAAUUGCUGGCUCAAGCCCGCACAAACAUGCAAAAGGCUCAAGUCCGCAUGCAGCAGCAAGCCAACAGGCGCCGCGUACCAUGUCCCAUCCGCGUCGGAGAUCGAGUUUGGGUCUCCUCGGAAGAGUUUGCGUUGGAACAGGAUGUCUCACGCAAACURCUCCCUAAGUGGUUUGGACCAUGGACAGUGACAUCAGCUGCGGGCGAUGAGCCCRAUGGCCCUUCAUUUGUGAUCGACAUUCCUGAGCAUCUGACGGUCCAUCCAGUCUUUCAUGCGUCAAAGCUGGCAACAUAUACACCAGCUAAGAGCGAUGACUUCCCGGGCCGACGAUCGCAGGACCCUCCUUCUAUGGAUGGUCAUCAGGAGGUUGACCGCGUCAUCUCAGAUCGCAAGUAUGGCAGCAAGCCGCGCCAGUACAAAGUUACAUUCAGAGCAUGCGAUCCCGACGACACUCGGUGGAUUUCAGGAGCAGAUUUGAAAGCGUCUGCACCGCUGAUCUACGCUCAUUACGAGCGACAGAGGUUAGCCAAGGGACCUCCACGACCUGCCCCUCCCACCCGGACUCAGGAUCCGAGCGAGAAGGGGUUGGCCGCACAAGAAGACCCAUUUGACACAAUUACGGAUAACAUACCCGAGAAGCCGGUGACAGCUGCGGAGGGGGCAUCCUACGUUGUUGUGAUUGCUGCGGGCUUGGCUGUUGCCAGCGCAGCUGGGUAUGCCGUCUUCAAGGAGUUGGUGUUCCAGCCUCGAGAGUACAAGGUAUUUGGGAAGGCCCUCAACAGAGUUAAGAACGAUGUCAAGGUCACUUCGCGGCUUGGCACUCCGAUAACCGGUUAUGGAGACGAGAGCACAAACCGAGCAGCACGGCAGAGAGUGAGACAUAAGGUGUACAAGGACGAGGAUGGUGUAGAACACAUCCAGGUUCAAUUCCUAGUACGAGGGCCAAUUGGGGCUGGGACGGUACAUUGUGAAAUGUUCUACGACGAGGCGAAAAAAGAUUGGAGAUUUACUUAUCUGAUUGUGGAUGUUACAUCCCCUCUUCCGGCGAAGAGAAUCAUGUUGGAAUCGUACAUCCCGUCGUGAUGGCAGCUGCUGCCAAGCUCUCUAGGGUAUUGUGAAUUGUGCGCUUCGUAGUAAAGGGGCCAGCCAACACAGGAGGCUAUGCGCUAAUUAUCUGUCCGGCAGCGCAUAUGCCUGUUUGUGUAAGCAUCAGGUUUGUCUCUUGGCGUCAACGCUUCCCUCAAUCUUUAAAAGUCUUCACCGCCUCCACGACUUCUCUCCCUCUCACAUGCACACACACAUAAGCACUUCUUCAAGCUGGGUGCUCGAGAGCCAAUUGCAUGCAGAGGGUUAGCAGUCUCACGGGUUUUACGCACUACUCUGACAAGACUACUGGCGCAAGCUCCCAGGUUUCGAGCAUAAGGUGUUGUGGUGUAGUUGUGGAGCACGCAAAAGCACCUCCCUCUUGCCUCUCUCCAAGGUGUGAUCAUCACACCCAGCAGAUAAGGUCUCAAGCAUAUGCUAAUCAUUGAAAUAUCUGCAUUUCUGAGAGCAUACUCACAGGAGGACUUUCCUGGAUGUAUCAGGCCGCAACUACAGCCGACUCGGGGUGUAUCCGAUUGUGAUUCUGUUUCUAGAUCAGUCGAAGAGGUCCGAAGUCCUAGUGUGUGAAUACUCCCUGAAUCAUUGAAGCAUCUGUUCUGUCAGUCUUUGCUGGAAGCGAAUAUUUUUUCCCACCAAUGCUAAGCGGAGGUUCAAGAAAGAAGUCCUACCUGAUCGGAAAUGAAGGAGAGGUGGGGUGUUCCUCUUCUUCUGGGAAAAUGGGCUCUCCUUGGACCGUACGUGGUCAGCCGUUGCCUCAGCGAGGGAAGCAAAUCCAUCAGUUGGUCUCUACGGUGGAUGAAUCUUCCGAAAGGCAAUCUCCGACAGACACUCCACUUGGCCAAGGUUGUUCAUCCAAGGCAAGCGGCGAAAGCGCCAAAUCGUGUCAGAUUGGGAAGAAAUAAAGCCAUGGCUUGCUUUGAUGCCGGCAGAUGUAAACAGGGAGAGGGGGGGGGGGGGGUGCAUGAAGGGGUUAGCCAGCAACAACAAUUGCCGUUGAAGUUGAAGUUGUUGUUGUUGUUUUUCAGUGGUGAACAUAAUCUGCGUAUAUAUUGAUUUGUUUCUUGCAGUGGAUCUUGUGUCAGCGAGAGAGACGAGUCGUGACCUUCCGUGAUGUUGAUGUUGAGGUCGAAAUCUGUGAGUUACGUCAGAGCAAAUCGAUUUCGUGAAAUUCGUACGAAGAAGUAUGCAUCAGAAAAAAAACUCCAAAGAUUCAAAAGGACACAGUGAAACAAGUACUUACUUCAAAUUUCAGGGAAAGUAGAGAGAGAGAGAGAGAGAGCAGGUGGCAUCUUGUCCUCGGGAGGUGGAAGAUGUCCUCGGGAGGUGGAAGAUGUGUGUACUGCAUGUAUUUGUUCUAUCAUCUUGUCGGAGUGCAUAGCUAAGGAACAGUGGAGGAGGAAAUGCACUGUAUCUUCUUCUCUGUCUGUCAUAAUAAUUGCGUCCCAAGGUUACAUAAGGCAGGCUGGCUGUUACGUGUGUCCAAGCAGCAAUUGCUGGAUGUAAUCUCACUCAAGCAACAAUGAGCACUGUGCCUCCCUCUCUCUCUCCCCCUCUCUCUCUCUCUCUCUCUGUGUAUCUCUCUGUGUUUUGACGAACAGCAAAAGCAAAUCGCAAUAAAAGACUCUAACACGA